ACACCUCACCAGGGUAGCAGCAUAGUACUCUCCAUGGCGGCGGCCAAGAUCGCCGUCCUCCUGGUCGCGACCGCGCUCUUCGCCGCGUCAGGGGCGGCGGACCCCCAACCCCCGCAGCUCGCAACGGAAGCCCAGUGCUGGCCGUGCUACUCCUCCUGCAUGCACACGUGCGACGACGGCCACGGUGUCACCCCCGCCCCCGAUGUCAACCGUUCUCAGCCAGCCGCCCACCCAGCCGUCGACAAUGGUGCAGCGGCCGCCUCCGUCCCUGUCAACUCUACCGACGGUACUGCAGUUGUUGUACACUCCACCGUCGGCACUCUAGCUGCCAUCCACAAAACCGAUGGUUCAGGCGCCCCCAUUGCUGACGGCUAUGACGAUUACAAAGGUGGCAACAAAAGUGACGGCGAGGGUUACUACGAGAAAUACUUCGAGUGCAAGAAGAAGUGCAUCGUCGAUUGCUACAAGGACCUGCCGCCGGUGUGCUACAAGAUGUGCAUCUCCGAGACCUGCCUCACCCUGCCACCAUGUACGUAUAUAUAUACCACCCUGCAAACAAGAAACAUGCAUCCUACUCUUACACUCCCUCUGUUUCAUAUUAGUUGUCGCUGA